GAUAUUAUUAUCUUUAUUUUCAAAAAGGCGCGUAUUUAUUAGCUAUUAUUUGUUAAAACCUUUUUUUGUAAUGUGUGAUAAUAACGGCACUGCUUUUCGCAAGCCAUGGGUUGAGAAAUAUCGUCCAUAUUCAUUAGAUGACCUUAUAUCCCAUGACGAAAUAAUUUUAACAAUCAAUCGCUUUAUAAGUCAAAAGCAGCUUCCACACCUUCUAUUUUAUGGACCACCUGGGACUGGAAAGACCAGUACAAUAUUGGCAUGUGCCCGACAACUUUACUCGCCGGCGCUGUUUAGGUCCAUGAUACUAGAGCUCAAUGCCUCCGAUGAUAGGGGUAUUGGAAUUGUUCGUGGCCAAAUUCUUAACUUUGCAUCUACGCGAACAAUUUUCUGCGAUACUUUCAAACUUAUUAUAUUAGAUGAGGCAGACGCCAUGACUAACGACGCUCAAAAUGCUUUACGACGCAUCAUUGAAAAGUACACGGACAACGUUCGUUUUUGUAUAAUUUGUAAUUAUCUAAGCAAAAUAAUACCAGCGCUACAAUCGCGGUGCACUCGUUUUCGCUUUGCGCCGCUGUCCCCUGAUAAAAUGAUACCUCGAUUGGAUCAAAUUGUUCAGUCGGAGGAUAUACAGAUUACAGAAAAUGGAAAGAAGGCUCUGCUAACUCUUUCAAAAGGCGAUAUGCGAAAAGUUCUGAACGUUUUACAGAGCACUGCUAUGGCAUUUGAUAUAGUCAACGAAGAUAAUGUGUACAUGUGUGUUGGCUAUCCUUUACGACAAGAUAUUGAAAACAUAUUGAAGGCCUUGCUUUCCGGGCACAACUUUGAGGCAUCAUUUCGAAAUGUGGUCGUUGCCAUGUGCGCUAGAGGUCUAGCGCUGGAAGAUAUAAUUACGGAGUUGCAUUUAAUUGUGAUGAGAUUGGAAUUACCGAUUUCGAUUAUGAAUGAAUUGAUUGUAAAGCUUGCACACAUCGAAGAACGUUUAGCAAAAGGUUGCACUGAUAUUGCAAAUACGGCAGCGUUGGUUUCUGCUUUUUUUAUAUGCCGUGACAUGGUUUCAUUGCAUAAGGAAUAAAGAUAAAAAGUUGCAUAAUAAACUGACAGCUGUUUAUAUAUAAAUAAAUUAUUAGCGUUUUCAUACAAUUAAUCUUUAUCCAAUUGUACUUUAUUCGAACAGUUUUAAAUUGGCAUGUCCCACCAUAAACCAUUUUGUAAAAUCGAAAAAUUCGUAAAGCUACCUAACUACACGCAGCAACAGGUUUUUUGCAUCUUGAGCAUCUAUAAACCAUAACAUAACCUCUCAAGUUUAGUGGAAACUGCCAGUUCUACCAACCCAACUCGCUCAAAUUUUUAAAUCAAACGAAGGAUUCCGCAGUAAAAAUAAGUUAAUACUUGUAGUGUUAAGAUGUAGCAUGAACUAAAAUUAAAAUUUUUUAAAUUGA